AUGACUCCUGAGGAGUCCUUAGACUACGCAAAAGUCAAGCUAAGCCUGCUACAGCGGUUUCGCUAUACGACCGAAGGGUACCGCGAGAAAUUCAGGGAUGGCAAACCCGAAGAUGCGAAGACAGGGAGACAGUUCGCGGCUCGACUAUUGGGAUACUUUGACCGUUGGAUCGAGACAGGAGAAACCCCUAAGACGUAUGAAGGGUUAAGGGACCUGAUAGUCUCAGAGCAGUUCCUGAAGAGGUGCAACACAAAGCUAUCUAUAUUCCUAAAAGAAAGAAACUGCAGGUCCCUGGAGAAUCUGGCGACAACCGCAGACCACUUUCUUGAAGCACAGGGACAGACUAGCCUCUUUAAAUUGAGAGAUGAUUCGGACCACAAGAGUGGAGGCUGUGGGAAAGAAGGCAAUAAAACACAGCAUUCUAUAAGGGUAGCCAGUCGAUGCUACCUCUGCAACAAACCUGGUCAUAGAGCAGCCGAUUGCUGGACGAGUUCCAAGGCUCCGCGUCCUUCUGCGUGUUGGAGGUGUGGAAAGGCUGGGCACAAAGCAGAAGCUUGUAACUGGAAGUCAGACCGAGAAAAAGACAAGGCUUCCCAGGCUUCCUGUGUGUUAACGACCGCUGACGAAACCGAAUCAGAAAAGGCUUAUGUCUUGUUAAAAAACGGGGACAAAAUACCAGUAUUAAAUAUGGCAGUUGGAAAACCUCCACGUUUCUUAGUAGACGAUAUGCCAGUGGUGAGAGGAGAAGUGGGAGGUCGAACGGUAACGGUCCUCAGAGACAGCGGCUGCAACGCAGUUGUUGUAAAAAGAAGCCUGGUUCCAGAUAACAAGCUAACUGGCUUUUCCAGUCCAGUUUUUCUUCUGGACAGGACGAUUAAAUAUUUACCAGAGGCGGAGAUGGAAGUAAAAACACCAUACUUCACAGGCAGCUUGGUGGCGAAGUGUAUGGAUAACCCGUUAUAUGACUUGGUACUCGGAAAUAUUAAAGGAGUGAGGAGGAUCGAUGAUCCCGAUGAAGAAUGGGAUUGUGACAGAGGACAAAUAGUGUCUGAAGCGAGAGAAGCGGAAAUCGAUACUGAUCAGACGGCAGUAAAAGGGGAAACUGCUAAAGAACUCGCGGUGAGCGAGAAACGUGAAGAGAAAGACUGUAAGGUCUUGGAGAAAGUAAGUGAUUGCGCAGGGGCGCUAGGAAAGGCGCCAGGCAAGAAAAACAUUUCCGAGUUACCAGUCAUGUCGGUGGAGCCAACAGAAGUUGAUAAAAGAAAGCUGAGAAUGGCUCAGGAGAACGACGAAACGCUAAAUAAGUGCUUUGCUUCCAUCGGGAGAAAGUUCGUUUCAGAAAAGGCACACGAAUCGGAAUUCGUGUUACGUGACGGAAUCCUCUACAGGAGAUAUCGAACACCGUCCCGUAAGGAAUGGGAGCAGUUAGUAGUACCAAAAGACUUUCGAAUGAUCGUGCUCAAAUUGGCACAUGAAGGAAUUAUGGCCGGCCAUCAGGGAACAAAGAAAACCACUGAUCGUGUACAAGAAGAAUUCUACUGGCCGGGAGUAACGUCAGAAAUAAAACGAUUUGUAAAAUCGUGUGACAUUUGCCAGAGGACUGUUCCCAAGCACUUGGUGGCCAGGGCGCCCCUUGGAACCAUGCCAAUCAUAGGGACACCCUUCCAACGAGUCGGCAUAGACAUCAUCGGACCAAUCAAGCCAAGUUCAGAAAAUGGCAACAGAUAUAUAUUGACGAUGAUUGAUUUUGCCACCAGAUAUCCAGAUGCUGUCGCCUUGAAGAGCAUGGAGACAACAGAGGUUGCAGAGGGCCUUCUUCAAAUGUUUUCACAAGUAUAG